AUGUCACGAAGAAGGCCCAGGACUGAGGAAGAGGUCGAAGCAGAGGUCCAGUCGUACGGGCUGACAAACGAGAGUGCCGCGGCAAUUGUUCGCUUGGGAAACACGCUCAAGGGAGUCAGAAAGCUGCCACGAGAGCCCACUGAGCUUCUGGCCCCCGGUGAAAGACUUCGCCCACCAUCCCCUCUCUCCCAGCCGGUCUGGAAACAGGCUGAAAUCGAGGAUAGCUCUCAGCCUGAGCUCGAGGCUGGCAUUCGUCGCAUGAGUUUGGACGAUGCCGACGAAGAGCAGACAGAAUAUCCGUUAGCUAACAAUGCACCUUUCCUUCAACAGGAUUCGAGCGUUGGAGUGAAUGAGAGUCUUCGCUCGCAAGAACCUGCCACCUCGCCAUGGUCCCGAAGCAGGGCUCUCUCUCCAAUUCAGGAGGAGGAGGAAGUGGAUGAGGAGAAAAAAGGGGAGGGAGAGGGAGAGGGAGGAGGAGAGGAGGAGGAAGAGAGUGAGACGGAGGAAGAGGGAGGUCAGAAUGCCGAUUCGCCCGAGAAUAAUGCAGGAUGUUGA